AAAGGAUCUGGCAUUGCCACAGCUGUGACUUGGUGGCAGCUACUGGUCGGAUCUGAUCCUGGCCUGGAAACUCCACAUGCCACAAGGUGGCCAACAAAGAAAAAAUGUGCAAUAAUGUUAUACUUGGUUAAGACGAACAUUGUUUACUAAUACUUGUGCUGUGCUUAGGCUUUUGAUUUCCUUGAAAUUUCCUUUGUUGGUAUGUGUACACUCAUUAUUUAACAGGUAUUUUUAAUGGUAGCUUCUUUUUAAAAAAAUCUUUAUUGAUGUAAACUUUACAUACCUUAAUGAUGUAAAUUUUACAUACCUUAAAACUCACCCAUUUAGAAUGUGCAGUUGUAUUCACAGAAUUGUACAACCAUUAUCACAAUCUGUUUAUAAUAUUUUCAUCAUUAUGAUAAAAGAAACCCUGUGCCCAUUAGCAGUUAACUGAUUUUCCUUCUCCCUCAAUCCUAGACAACCACCCUCUUUCUCUAUAGAUUUGUAUAUUCUAGUCAUUGCACAUAAAUGGGAUUAUACAAUAUGUGGUAUUUUACCAAGCUUGUUUCCAAGAUUCACCCAUGAUGUAGGAUAUAUCAUUCUUUUUUACUGCUGAGUAACUAUCAUUCAUCACAUAGAUACAUACCUCAUUUUAUUUGUCCACUUGUCAGUUUAUAAACGUGUAGGUUGCGUCCGCUUUUUGCCAGUGUGAAUAAUGUUGGUGUGAACAUUCAUGUACAAGGUUUUGUGUGGACAUGAGUUUUUGUUUCUCUUGGGUAUAUACCUGAGAUGGUAUUGCGGGUUGUACGGUAAUCCUAGACCUCAGUAAUUUUGAAUAGCAUUUUAAAGACAUUUUGAGAAACUGCCAAAUUAUUUUCCGAAGUAUUUAUACCAUUUUACCUUCCCACAAACAACGUAAAAUGGUUCAACUUUCUUGGCACCUUUGCUACCCUUACUAUAUUUUUUUAAAUUAUGGCCAUUCUAGUGCAUGUGCACUAGUUUCUCACUGUGAUUUUAUUUACAUUUCCAUAAUGACUAAGGGUAUUGAGCAUGUUUUCAUGUGUCUAUUGGCUAUUUGAGUAUGCUUAACCCUUGAACAUUGCGGAGUUUACGAGCUCCACUCCCACAUAGUAGAUCUGCAUAUAACUUUACAGUUGUCCAGCCUCCAUAUACAUGGUUCUACAUCUGUGGCUUCAUCCAGCUGCACUUCCUACAAUACUGUAGUAUGUUAUUUAUUUUUUAAAAUGUAAGUUGUAAGGAAUCUUUAUAUGUUACGGAUAAUGGUCUUAUCAGAUGAAUACUUUGCAACUAUUUUCUUCCAUUCUGUUGCUUGUCUUUUUCACAUUCUUGGUGGUGUCAUUUGUAGCAUAUGCAUCCAAGUUAUUAAUUUUUUUUGGUCAUUCGUGCUUUGAUAUCAUAGCUAAGAAAGCAUAGCUUGAUCCAAAGUCAUGAAGAUUUAUUCUCUUCUAAGAGGGGGUGUGUGUGUGGUGUGUGUGUGUGUGUGUGUGAAAUAAUUUUAGCUCUUACAUUUAGGUCUGUGAUCCUUUUUCAGUUAAUUUUUGCUUGUGGUGUUAAAAGAAGAAGGGAUUGACUUCGGUUUUUUGCAUGGGGAUCUAUAGUUGUCCCAGCACUAUGACUGUUUUCCCUUCAUUGAAUUAUCUUGAUACUUUUGUUGAAAAAUCAGUUGACCAUAAAUAUAAAUGUUUAUUUCUGAACUCUUUAUUCCAUGAUCUGUAUGUCUUUAUGCCAGAACCACAGUCUUGAUUACUAUAGUUAAUGCAAGUUUUGAAUUCAGGAAUUGUGGGCCUUCCCAACUUUGUUCUUCUUUUUCAAGAUUGUUUUGGAUAUUCUGGGUCCCUUGCAUUUCCAUAUGAAUUUUCAGAUCUGCUGGUCAGUUUAUGCAAAAAAGAAACUGUGAUUUGACAAGGAUUGUGUGAAUCUAUAGAUCAGUUUGGGGGAUACUGCCAUCUUCACAGUAUUUAUUUUUCUAUAACAUUAGUUUUUACUUGUUUAGCCAUCUGAAGGAAAGUGGUCUCUUUGGAGUUCCCGUCCUGUGUCAGUGGUUAAUGACUCCGACUAGCAUCCGUGAGGGUGCAGGUUCGGUCCCUGGUCUUACUCAAUGGGUUAAGGAUCUGGCGUUGCUGUGAGCUGUGGUGUAGGCCAGCAGCUGUAGCUCCCAUUCGACCCCUAGCCUGGGAACCUCCGUAUGCCGUGGGUGCAGCCCUAAAAAGACAAAAGAAAGAAAGAGGUCUGUUUACGGUUUAUGUGGUAUGUUUGAAUACCUAUGCAACGUUCAUGUUCUUAUUUCGUAGUACUAUAUGAUUAUUUUUUAUGGGCUGCUAAGAGCUGAAUAUAUAAAGGAGUAGACACCAACCUUUGAAAUGCUGAGGGUCUUUUAAACUAUAAACUUUUUUUCAUCUUUGUAACAUAAUGGUGAGUACUCCUUUAAGUAAAUUUUUACAUGCCAAAUUGUAUUAAGCAUAUUAAAUAUAUUCGAAUGUAAUGUAAUUAAUCUGGAAAUCAGGCCUUAUUCUUUUCAUCAUUUCUGUAUUUCAGCAGUACUGCAUAUUAAUAUUUUUCAGUCUUAAUUAAUCCAGCUCUCUUUUAAAUAUAAUUAGAUGUCCCAUAUAACAUCCAGACUGAAGGUUUUUUUAAUUCUUAAUGUAAGUUUUCUUACAUUGACAGUAUUAAACUCACACAUAAUUGUAUGGGUACGGAAACAACUAAAAUGCCAGAGUUAAUGACGUUUUCUGUAAUACUUAAAUACCAGUCUUUUUAGUGUCGUAAAAUUAAAGGUUUAAACCACUUUUUAACAUUGUAGGAAUUUUGAUUUGAUUUGUUCAAGCUUGGUGAUCUUUCUUAGUAACAAAUGGACAUUUUGACCUAUUGCAUUUUCUUCUUUGUUGGUUGGCUGUUUUUCCUUAUAUCUAAGUUUUUACUUCACUUUUCCUGGUCUGGGAUCCUCUUUCAAGUGAGUCUUUGUUAAAGUUAUACCAUUACCUUUUCUUUAACUAUAGUGGUAGGCAAGCGAUUUCCAAAUUUUGAGCUGUGGUAUCUAAGAACUACUAGCUGGAUAUUUAUUAAUGAUGCCUCUUCAGGGGCACAGAAAAUAGUUAAUCCUAGUCUUAGUCAUGAACGGGAAGUAUUGAAGCAGUUAAGGGACAGGGGAGAAAUGGCCUCAUUAGCUAGCCUCUAGGACCUAAAGCUGAAACCUAAGAACGGAUUAGUACAAGCUUAUUGAUAACAUGUAUUAGCAAGUAGAAACCAAACUUGAAUGUCUUCUUUUUGCCUCUAUUUGGGUUAGGAAAUUUAAAGUUGAGUAAUAAAACAGCUAUAGCUAGUUUUUAAAUACAAAUGUAUUCACAAAGUAUAUUCAGAAAAAUUAAUUACUAAAAGAAUAAAGACCAGAAUGAUUUAUUUGCAACUGUAAUACAGCCAUUUUUAGUGACUUAAUCUUCCAAGCUUUUUGUUAUUGCAAACUGACCUUACCUCCAGCCAUCAAGUUUGAAGCCAGCAGUGGAGACUGAAGAAUGUCAGCAGUAGGGGCAUCGUGAGCAGAAAGGGGAGACAGCGGCCAGGAAUGGGCAGGAGAAGGAGGGGAGUCAGAUCAGGAGGUAGGAAUGAAACCUACAAAGAAAUGGAAAAAGAGAAGGGGUAAAGACAACUGGAGGGAGAAGGGAAGAGAGGAGUAUAGGUGUAAUCAUUGAAGUAAUAUGAAGUGUCAUAAUUUCAGUGUUUGAAUCUGCUUAUUAGUUGGGACUACAAUGGAACUUUUAAAAAAUAGAGUUUAACCGUGAAAUAAAGAUGAGCGAAAAAGUAGGGGAUUUUAAAAACCAUGUUAAACAAUUUUUUAAAUUUAAGAUCAACACUAACAAUACACAAUUGUUUCAUUUUUCAACGUAAUAAUAAUAUUUGGGUCUUAUUAUUACAGGGCACUAUUCCUGAGUGCUUUACAUCAUAUUGAUUCACUUAAUCCUCACCACAACUUUAUAAGCAGAUACUAUUUCUCCCAUUUUACAGAUGCGGAAACUGAGCCACAAAGAGAAUAAGUUAUUUGCCUAGGCUAGUCAGAUAACAGAGCCAGGAUUCCACUGAGGCAGUCUGACUACUGUGCUACAGCUGGCUUCAUCACCUCUGCUUCCCCCUCUCCAUCAUUUGUAUGGUAUAUUUCUGUAGAAAUUUAUUUUGUUUUGAGAAUAUAGUAUCCCUUGAAAUAGUUAUAUAUCUGGUAGAGCGACAAACUCUGGGCACUAAAGAUCAGUUUUUCUUCCCUUUAGUUACAGUAACUUAAAGUUUAUUGAGCUAAUAAGUACAGGGACACAAAAGAUGGAUAGUGUCUGGUCCCUAUCCCCACUGAACUAACUGAAUCUCAGUUUGUAAUUGUUUGGUCAUCCGAACCAACUGAGUAUUUCCUCCAAUACUGGUGUGAAUUCUUUGACUUUGAACUAAGUUUACUAAUAUUUGUUCCCUUCAAAAGUGUGCUCAUCUUUAAAAGGCCACAGACCAACUAGAAAUAUUGUCAUUAUUUAUAACUUAUGGAGUUAUUUUUGUUUUAAUAAGCCACACAACAAAAUCAGCUUUGUAUACAAAAAGCAGUAGUACGUAGUUUGAUUACCUUCCUUAGUCAUCCUUAAAAUUUAAAGCCCCACAUGGAUAUUCACAAAGUAUUUAUCUAAAAAGGUGUUUUGUUUUGUUUUGUUUUUACAGCCCUGAUGGAAUAAAAUGUUUGCAGGCAGUAGAGGAGGAAAUGUGAAUGGAGUUAGUGGAUUUCACCAGGAACUUUGGAAGAGUAUUGGGUAUUAGUGUUGCCCUGGAGGAGGAUGAGAAUUGAACCCUAUUUAGAGGGAGAACAGAAAGACUCCUGUGAGGAGUGUGGGUAAAUAAACAAGGAAUACACCAUGAAGAUCAUUGCUUAGCUCUUUUAAUUCUUGAUUUUUAAAAAUUAUUUGUAGAAUUUUAGAAUCAUUCACUAGUACACAUGUUUUGUUUCCAUUGAGACUGUCUCCUAAGGAAAAGAGCUAUGUGGUUUCAAAGUGCUUCUUGAUACUGAGUUUACGAAAGAAUCAAGCUGUGAUGGGGAGGAAUCCUAAGAGAUUUUACCAAGAAAAAUUCAUUGGAGACUUGUAGAAGUGCCUUUUAGGCAAGUAAGAGAAAUUCUGGAUUAUCUGGCAGUUAGGAAGACAGUUAAGUAUUAAUAUUAAGUUCAGUCUCAUUUGACUUUUCCCUUGAGUCUGUAUUGCUUCAGUUUUUGACCCAUAGUUCUAUCAUUUCAAGGUUGCCUUAGCCAUUCCCCUCUUCGACAUAAACGUCAUAGUAAAUGAAAGAUUGUGUGAAACAGAUCUUCAUUUUAUUGAGUAUUUCUGCAUUUCUUACCUUGAUAUUGGCUCUUAGACUUUUAUUGUGACAUAUGGGAUGCUUUGAAAUUAAUAUUGGUAGCUUUAUAUUAAUAUAUGGAUUAUCCACAUGUCAUUCAUUAGGUAAGUAUUUUAAACAGCAGCCACACAAUGCUAGAUAAUGGGAACAUGAAUAAACAAUUUAGUCUCUAUAUUCAAGCUGCUUCUAGAAUGGCAGGGCAGACAAAAUUAAUAAACCAGAAGAAGAACAAUGGUAGAGGGAUGCACAGUUUCCUGUUGAAUAAAGAAAAGCAGUUAACUCAAACUCAGGAUUUUACCUUGGGAGGAUUUGAUCUUUUGAGUUAAGCUUUUAAAUAGAAAAGGAAUUAGGAGUUCCGUCGUGGCGCAGUGGUUAACGAAUCCAACUAGGAACCAUGAGGUUGCGGGUUCGGUCCCUGCCCUUGCUCAGUGGGUUAACGAUCUGGCGUUGCCGUGAGCUAUGGUGUAGGUUGCAGACGCGGCUUGGAUCCCGCGUUGCUGUGGCUGUGGCGUAGGCUGGUGGCUACAGCUCCGAUUAGACCCCUAACCUGGGAACCUCCAUAUGCCGAGGGAGCGGCUCAAAGAAAUAGCAAAAAAACAAAAAAACAAAAAAAAAAAAAGAAAAGGAAUUAGCCAAGCAGACAAAGUAGGUAGCAGUGAUAAGAAAUUUUCAAUAUGUAGAAAAAAUGACAAAACAAAUAUAGGGUAAUUGUGUUUGGGGUAUUUUUUGUUUGUUUCUGUUGUUUUUGCCCCACAGCAUAUGGAGUUCCUAGGCCAGGGAUCAGAUUCAAGUUGCAGUUGCUUGGAUCCCACUGUGUCUGGCUGGGGUUUGAACCUGCCUCCCAAUGCUCCAGAGAUGCUACCAAUCUCACUGUGCCACAGCAGGAACUCCAGGAUAUAAUUAUUCACUCUCAUUUUCACUCAUACUUUCUAUAUCUCAGGAAUCACAUACACCCCCUCCUCAUGACUGCUGUUUAGCUGGAAUUUUAAGAAUAUUAACUAAUUUUGGUAUUGCUUAAUUAACUCUAUUGCAAACAAUAACAAUUUGUUUGUAUCUAUGAAACUAAGAAUAAGUUGCUUUUUUGUGCAUUUUCAAUUUUUUAGACCUUUUCCUUAUAAUUUUAAUUGAAAAAAAAUGGAAAUAAAUUGAAAGCCCAGGGUAGAAUUAUUCAGUCCUUUUAAGGUAACAUUAUUUCUGGUUGUUUGAAGCCAAACUCACUUAAUUUUAGGUACAUUUUAAAGAUUUAUACAUCAGGAAGAGAACCUCAUGAAGUCAUUUUUACUCCAUUUACUCAUCUGUAAAUGCUGUUGGACUAGAAAAGGCUCCUUUGGAUAUGAAAUCCAAAAUCCAUUGAUUAAAUUUAUGAUAUUUAUAAGUUGGUUUUUUUAAAGCUAUUAGAAGAAAGGGUUCCACCUUCCCAGUAUCAGAAAUUUUCUCCUUAUGUUAACUAUCCAAAUCAUUUAUCAUAAUUUAUGCCACCCCUUCUUCCUUCCUUCUUUAGGCAUUGUUUCUGUAUAGUGAUUGAUGACCCCCCCCCAUGCAGUUAAGAGUCAUGUUUUCAUCCCUUGAAAAAUAAUGUACCUGAAUCUUGGCAUUUAGAAAUUAUCUUACAUGACAGAUUUCUUAUAUGUAAUCUUAGAAUGUUAUUUGAGUUUAAAGUAUGCCAGUUUCCUGAGUCAGCAGUUGAUUUGGUUUAUUACUAACUUUUCUGGUAAAUAUUUGCUUAAAAUUGGCGUUUCUCUUAGUAUCUUUAUAGUGCUAUGUUCUUAUAUUUCUAUCCCAAGAACAUAACUUAAAAAAAAAACUUGAAAAACGUAACUUUAAAAAAAAAUUAAUUUCUUCAUCUCCAAUUGGCAAGGUUUCUACUCUAUUGGUUUGUCUUAUGUGUUUGUUCCUUGGGUUUUUAGCUACUUUUAAAAUUGCUGUAUUGAAGAUGUGUGCGCGCCCACGCACGUGUGUGUGUGUGUGUGUGGUGUGUGUGUGUGUAGUAAGAUAUUAGAUAGCAGUUUCAUGUUCAGAAUCUUAUUUUGCCUUGUAGAUUUUUUUUCUGUUUCUUAAUAAGCAAGAUUUAUAGCUCUUAGCCACACAGUGAAUCAUUGAUUAAAAGAACCCUAGUAAGUAUUGACUGCCCCAAAAGAGGGAAAAUCUGGGUAUACUUUACCCACCUUUAUUUUCUUCUUUUUUUCUCCUUCUUUCCUUUCCUUUCCUUUCCUUCCCUCCCCCUUCCCCUUCCCCUUUCCCUUUCUUUAAGCUUUGGCUGCAUUAUUUUGCUUGAAUUUUUUCCUUUACCUUCACAAUGUACAUUAAUAUUAUUUAAAAUUUCUUUUAGCUAAGUGUUAGGUUUUCCCCCCUUUUAGUAUUCUACCUGCAAAAAAAAAAUUUUAUAGACUGAGGUAACUAGUACUAUUUAAUGAAUAAUUUAAAAAUAUACAUCAAUCUUGUCAUAGCCUGACUUCUGUUCACAUGAUUAAUAUGGCAUUCCUUUCUUGCACGCCGCCCCCUCCCUUUAGAAAGUAGAAGGUGUUGCCAAAAUAUAUUUGUUUUUAACUUACUAAAUUUUAUCUUUUCUGCAGACAAUAUCACCUACCGCGUUAUUUUUGGCUGCAAAAGUAGAAGAACAGGCUCGAAAACUUGAACAUGUUAUCAAAGUAGCACAUGCUUGUCUUCAUCCCCUAGAGCCACUGCUGGAUACAAAAUGCGAUGCUUACCUACAGCAGACUCAAGAACUGGUUUUACUUGAAACCAUAAUGCUACAAACCCUAGGUUUUGAGAUCACCAUUGAACACCCACACACAGAUGUGGUGAAAUGUACCCAGUUAGUAAGAGAUCUUUGGGGGAUAGCAAGAAACAUUUGAGUGAAUGUUGUUGAAGAUUUUCAGUAGUAUAGAAAAUGAUGGCGCUCUUGUGAUAUUUCAAGCAAGGAUUUGGCACAGACAUCCUAUUUCAUGGCUACCAACAGUCUGCAUCUUACAACCUUCUGUCUUCAGUACAAACCAACAGUGAUAGCAUGUGUAUGCAUUCAUUUGGCUUGCAAAUGGUCCAAUUGGGAGAUUCCUGUGUCAACCGAUGGAAAACAUUGGUGGGAAUAUGUGGAUCCUACAGUUACUCUGGAAUUAUUAGAUGAGCUAACUCAUGAAUUUCUACAAAUACUGGAGAAAACGCCUAGUAGGUUGAAGAAGAUUCGAAACUGGCGGGCUACUCAGACGGUUAAGAAACCAAAAGUAGAUGGACAAGUAUCAGAAACGCCACUUCUUGGUUCAUCUCUGGUCCAGAAUUCCAUUUUAGUAGAUAGUGUUACUGGUGUGCCUACAAAUCCAAGUUUUCAGAAACCAUCUACAUCAGCAUUCCCUGCACCAGUACCUCUAAAUUCGGGAAAUAUUUCCGUUCAAGACAGCCAUACAUCUGAUAAUUUGUCAAUGCUAGCAACAGGAAUGCCAGGUACCUCAUAUGGUUUGUCAUCACACCAAGAAUGGCCUCAACAUCAAGAGUCAGCAAGGACAGAACAGAUAUAUUCUCAAAAACAGGAGACAUCUUUGUCUGGUAGCCAGUACAACAUCAACUUCCAGCAGGGACCAUCUAUAUCAAUGCAUUCAGGAUUACAUCACAGACCUGACAAAAUUUCUGAUCAUUCUUCUAUUAAGCAAGAUUAUACUCAUAAAGCAGGGAGCAGUAAACACCAUGGGCCAAUUUCUGCUACUCCUGGAGUAAUUCCUCAGAAAAUGUCUUUAGAUAAAUAUAGAGAAAAACGUAAGCUAGAAACCCUUGAUCUGGAUGUAAGGGAUCAUUAUAUAGCUGCCCAGGUAGAACAGCAACACAAACAUGGACAAUCGCAGGCAGCCAGCAGCAGUUCUGUAACUUCUCCCAUUAAAAUGAAAAUUCCCAUUACAAAUGCUGAAAAACCUGACAAAUAUAUGGCUGAUAAGAAAGAAAAGAGUGGAUCACUGAAGUUACGGAUUCCGAUACCACCUACUGAUAAAAGCAUCAGUAAAGAAGAACUGAAAAUGAAGAUAAAAGUUUCUUCCUCAGAAAGACACAGCUCUUCUGAUGAAGGCAGUGGGAAGAGCAAGCAUUCAAGCCCACAUAUUAGCAGGGACCAUAAGGAGAAGCACAAGGAGCAUCCCUCGAACCGCCACCACCCCAGUAGUCACAAGCAUUCGCACUCAUAUAGUGGCAGCAGCAGUGGUGGCAGCAAACACAGUGCUGAUGGAAUACCACCCACUGUUUUGAGGAGUCCUGUGGGCCUGAGCAGUGAUGGCAUUUCCUCUAGUUCCAGCUCUUCAAGGAAGAAGCUGCAUAUCAAUGAUGCCUCUCACAACCAUCACUCCAAAAUGAGCAAAAGUUCCAAAAGUUCAGGUGGGCUACGGACAUCUCAGCACCCUCGUGAAACUGGACAAGAAGCCAGUGGAGACCAACGGUCCUGAUGUCAAUCACGAGUACAGUACAAACAGCCAGCAUAUGGACUACAAAGACACAUUCGACAUGCUGGACUCGCUGUUAAGUGCCCAAGGAAUGAACAUGUAAUCAUUUGUUUAGGUCAAUUUUUCCUUUACUUUUUUAAUUUAAAAAUUGUUAGAAUGGAAAACUUCCUCCUGAUCUAGCAGUGGUAACACCUGCUGUUGCUGCCACUGCUUCAAUAUUUGUAAGUGCUGCUUUAUUCUUCAUUCUGAAAAGAAGAGAUGAUAGUAAACAAGUCUUUAUCUCCACAUAUGAUAGUGUUAUAAAUACUGUAAAAGCAUGGAAGGUGCAAAACUCAGUAUUUCUACAAUUGCAGCUAAGAACAUUAGGGUGAAUGGCUGGCUGCUUCUAGGAAUAUAAGAUGCCUCAAGCAUUUAUUAUUUAUAAUUUGAAUACUGUAGCUAUUUUUUUUGUUGCUUGGCUUUUGAAUGAGUGUAAAUUGUUUUCUUCUGUGUAUUUAUACUUGUAUGUAUGAUUUGCAUGUUUCAAUGAUAAAGGGAUAAAACAGUAUACUGACAACUGUUUACAAGAAAGUGGAGAAAAAUGUACAUACAUUUUUGUAUGUUUAGAUAUUACCAUAAAUACUCAGGAUUGGAGCUGCUUGUAAGUAUAACAAUAUACAGAAUAACUUUAUUUUAUCUUGUCAGAGUCCAUCACUAAUCUAAAACAAAGGUGGCACUUUUUCAUGUUAACCUUAAACUCUAGGCCUUACUGGAAGCCACUGAAGGGGUACACUUCACUACCAGAUGGGUAUGCAGUGCCACAGAUGGUCAUUUUCACUGUGAGGCACUGAUUCUGCCUUCAGAGGUUCUGACCAGAUUGGCUGCUGAAAUAGCCCCUGAUUUUCUGAAGGCUUGAAGAGGACAAAAAUAAAGUUUACAUACUCUUGAUGUGAAGUGCAUUUAAAUGUUUGUUGGCUUGUUGCAGUACUAUAAACACGGAGCUGUUAAUAAUGGUUAUGUAGAUUACUGUGAUUUGAAAACUAAAUUCACAAAAACUUACAUUAGUGAAGAAUUAGUAAGUUUUUUCUUAAAUAACUUUAACACUACAUAUAUUUUAACCGUAAACAGGAAUCGCUUUUCCUUUAGCAUUCAGAAUGACACCAUAUUCUUAAACAUAUUCCUCCCCUGAAGCGUGUAUGUGUGUGAUGCCAUAUUUCUUUUUCAGGUAAACGCAGUCUUCCUUAUAAAAAUGAAAUUAAACCUAUUGCUCUCUCAGUUCUUUCAUAUUCUAACAAUAAAUAAAACAAAAAAGAUCACUGACUGUGCAUUGUACCUGUAUAUUAUAGCUUAUGGUUGUUACCAGGAAGCUCUCUGAGAAAAAAAGGUAAGCCUCCAGGUAAACAGCUAGUGGAGGUUUUACAUUUGUUUGCACAUCUCAGUAUAUUCUGUUGAGGUCAAGUUUGCACAGUCUUCUGACUUCUGAACAAACGAUAGAAUUUAAUUGUUUAAAAUUUGUCUUAAAUGCCAGUAAUAUGGCUCUGGAUUAUCAGCUAAUCUUCAAUUCUGUGGUAAAUCUUUGAGCUAUUGAGUAUCUUUGAGAUGGGUUGAAUUCAACUUAUAUUCAACUGAAAACUGUCUUAAUCUUUCCUCUAUGUGUAUGAAUUAUUUUUGUUACAAAGCCACUGAUAUGUGCACAAUUGUAAUUUUACUCAAGUAUGUUGCAGUUGUAAAUAUUAGAGAGUUUAAUCUCUUGCUCUACUUUUAAUUUAGCAAUUACCUGAUUUGCCAGUAGCGUUUUAAUUUUUUUUAAGAUAAUUGUUCAUUAUUUUGUCAGUGUUAUUUGAACUUAGGAUACUAGGAGCCUCUUUCUAGGGACUUUGCCUAGCUAGCAUGUCCUAACUUUGUUCUUGUCUUGCAUAACUUUAGUAAUCUUUGUCAUUACAUGUAACUUUGUUGCUCUGUAUGGCAUAUUAUUGUAUCCAUAAACGUGGUAAUUUUGAUACAGUUAUACUUUUACAGUGGUACAUAAUCCAAGGACUAGUAUAGAAUUAAGAUGAGUGCAAGAUGAGGGAGGGAAGGGUUUUCUUCUUGGUAAUUUAGAUGUGAAACCUCUAAGGAGCUAUCAUGUGAAACGACAUAGGGUUGUUGUGCUACUGUAUAAUUGGGGGUGAUGAUACCAAGAAUUUUAAUAAGAUUUUGUAAAGAAUAUCCAGAAAAGUAGUGAGCUUAUUUUCAGUAUGACAUAGAAAAACAAUGUGAAUAUUUAAGGUCUGUGACUAUACUUAAACUUCACUAAGGAUUUCAGAAUUGUUUUGAGAUGUGAGAAUAAAGGUAAUUUUGUUGAAUCUUUAUUGGUGCUAAUGAUGGACAGUUUAAAAGGUAGCUAGUGUAUAUUGUUAUGGGUCAGUACUUAUUAGUACUUCCAAAAUUGAAUUUGAAAUGCUGUGUAUUCACUUUUCACUCUGUAAAUGUAAUUCUUUACAAUGACUAUUUAUUAAAGGGCAGCCAGUUGUAAUUUUUACAGGAUUGUGUGAGCUAUUCAAACUCUUUAACCUCUGAACAGGAUAUUAGCUUCCAAAACAAUGGGGAUAAAUAUGGAAAUUCUUUCAAGCUUCAUUUCCACUAAAUGAGAACCCUUAUAAUUCAUAUUGCCAUGAAUUUAACCAUCUCAUUUGCAUAAAGUAGUUUCAUCAGCCUGGUCCCAAUAGGCUCAACCAAAGAAAAAGACUCCCAUGAAUGGACAUUAUUACUGAGUCUUCUUGUAAGUAGCCAUAAAUAAACCAAAAUAGUAUCAAAUUUAGGUAUAAAAUUCCACAUGUGCAAAGUACUGUUAAGGUGAUACAUUUUUGAUGAGUUUUUUUUUAAUAUUUGAACUAUUAAAAAGCAUUAUCUUUAAACAUCCUAUAAAAGAGUGAUUCAUUUUUUAGUUGUGCUUUCCCUAGAUCAUAGAUUUGUUACCUUUAUGCAGAAGCACAUUACAUAGAAAGGCUUUACUUCUACCUCUUUCAACUAAUUUUCCAGUAUUGAGCUGUGCCCUCUAAAUAUUUGCCUUAGCUGUUUUAAAAUACAAUAUUUUCAGAACCAAAGCAAAGGAGUGUUUUUUUUUUUCAAAGAAACAUUCUCAAGGUCUACUUUACCAAAAACAAAAACAAACAAAAAAAAACAUGGUAGUAUCUAGUGUUAAGACCUUACAGAAUGUUCUUUUAUCUUGUUUAACCUGAGGUUCAUUUUUGUUACAGGUAUUUAAAUACUUUGAAGUCAUAUAGUUACCCCUACGUUUAUCUUUGAAAGCAGGAAAAGUACCUUUGAUCUUCUAUGUAUGCAGAUUCAUUCCAGUUAGAGUUCUUAAGAGUCAGAGAAAAUUUCUACCGUGGUGAUAGUUGGAUUUCAUUGGGAAUGUCAUGAGGGGUACUCACAUUACUUAGUACCAACAGAUUAUAAUUAUGUAGAUUCCUUACUUGUCUGGCCUGUCUAUCCUCUUUGAUCUAAAGAAAUGACUAGUUGAGGUCUACUUCAGAUAACCAAAUUUGAGGUGUUCUGUUAGUUACCAAAUGUCUUGCCUUAAAAGCAUUUAAGCAUUUUUUGGUUAUAUUUGAGAAUUUAAAUUACUAAUUUUUCUUCCUUAACUAAUCUUAGAAAUAAACCACUGCUUAUAUAUGCAA